AUGUCUGCGUACGACUUUGCCGGAAACCCGCAAUGGGGACCAUUGUAUCCGUUGGGAGGGUCUUCUCAAAACCUCUUACCUCAUGUGUCCCAGGCUGCCCAAUCGAUUUCGUCGACCUGGGAUCACAACUCUCCAUACCGGUUGACAAUGAAGCAACAGCCAGAGAGAGCAAAGGCCGCCAAUGCAAAGGACAAAGACCGAAAACCAGUUGACCCCCCUCCGGUCUUGCAACUUGAUGUGGAUCCGAGCCAAGAUCCUUUGCAGCUUUACAUCACCUCUCCUUACCUGUUUGUUCAGACAUUCCUGAUCGGAGCCGCUGAGUCCGACCCGGAUCCAGACUUGAACGCGCUCACCGGAAACACCUGCACAAGUGGACACGUUGUCAAGGACGACCGCGGUGUGCAUAACAUGAUGUUUUGCUUGAACGACAUUUCUAUCAAAAAAGAGGGCACUUACCGAUUGAAAUUCUGUCUGUUCAAGCUCAACACAACGACGGGAGACGUCGAAAACCUUACUUCUGUCUGUUCCGAACCGUUCACGACAUACAGUGGAAGGCACUUUCCCGGAAUGUCAGAGUCAACGUCAAUGACGAGGCUGUUGGUUGAUGCUGGGGUCCGUCUUCGCCUGCGCAAGGAAUCGAAGGCGAUGAGCACCAAGAAGAAGAACAACGCAUUUGCACAUAUGAUGAGCCGCAGGGGCCGUGACGAGGACGAGGAUAGGCCUGGAAAACGUGUGCGGUCCGAGACCGGGGACGACAAGCCAAUGGCUUACUCGAAACAUGGCAGUUUUUCCCAGCCGCAUUCGUUCGCAACACAUUCGACUCCCUCCUCCUCGAUGGCCCACUACCCAGGCGGCUUCCACGCGGUCACCUCGUCUCCGGGCCAGAAUAUCGCCCCGAUGAGCUCCAUGCCGACGGCUUAUAACCAAGGGAUGCAUUCGGCUUCACCGAUGCUGAGCCUUGACACACACGUCAAUCAAUACCACAACAGCCCAACCUCGACCGGAUCGAGCUACCAUUCUCCAGCACGGCAAUCCCCGACAUCCGGAUAUCAGCUACAGGCGACAGUGGCGUCUUCUCAAGGUCUCGUCGCGACAAGCCCACUGGCUCAGUACAGCAGUAGCCACACGACGCAGCCUCCAAUACUACCACCAGUUGAUAUGAUGAACCCGCACGCAGGCUCUUCUCCGGACCUGAACUACACGACAUCCGCGAAUUACGGCGGAGGUUAUCUUCCCUCGUCGCAGUCGCGACACCUACCCUCGAUGCAGCAGAGAUCAACAAGCUGGGGCUCGAGCAUGCCAAUGCGGAUGAACGCGCCGAUGCUACAGAACGGACAGUCGCUACCAUCCGUGAGCGGACCAUACGGCGAGGGGAGCAUGUUCGAGCAAUACAGCUACGGACCAAGGGAUGGUCAUUGA